AAGGAUUUCUAUGUAACCAUUGGUUAGAUAUUACAUCGAAGAAAAUUUAGGUUGGACCAAAAGAAUCGAAGCCAUUUCGUUUCUUUCGUACAAGUGCUUAUUAUUGUAAUUUCACGUUACAAGUUACAGUGUAGAUUGAUGUUGUGGUAUAUUUUACUCCGAAAAUGUGUAUGUGAUAAAGUGAUCGUAAUGUCGUCGCCAUAGUUGGUGCUCGUUUGGUCCACGAAGUCAUAGCUGGUGUUGUUGGUAAUGUUUUGAGAUGGCUCAAUUCUACCAGAUAGUUGGGCAGGGCCAUUCACUAACUUUAGAAGAUCUUCAAAGAUACUGUCCUAAUUUAUGUUUAGAUAGUAUUAUUGUAAACCAAGAUGACCAACAAUAUGGACAACAGCAGGUUGUUGUACAACAAGCGGAUCCACCGAAUGACAUUUUAGUAAGAGAUGGAAUACAGCCGCAGUUGGUAGUGGGGGAAGGGUUGCAGUACCAACAACAAUACAUAAUUCGCCAUGACCCACCACCGCCUCCACCUCGUAAUGACUUUCAACAACAGCAACAGCAGCAGCAGCAACAGCAACAGAGGCAUCAGGUUUUCUACACCUCUCUGAACUCUGACCUACCUGUGGACGCACAGGUAGUGUUGCAACAGGCUCAACAAAUCAUUGAUGCAUCUUUGAUGCAACAGUCACCUUCACAACGUCCCCAACAUUUGAUGAAUCCGGCACACGUUUUAUCACAGCCUACCGUGAUACAUCCCGGCCAGCCGCCCCCGCCACAACCCCCGCCUCCCGCGCCCCCCGUCCAACAUGGCGCCCAGCAAAAUCAACCACAGCAGCAACAGCAGUUAUCGAGGGCGACGCCGCAGGUGCUGCAGCAGAUCCACCUGCAACAGUUGCAGCAGCAACAGCAACAACAACAGCUGCAACAACAACACCUACAACAACAGCAGUUGCAGCAUCAACUCCAACAGCAACAACACCAGCAGCAUUUACAAACACAACAAAUACAAGCUCAACAAAUCCAAACACAACAAAUUCAAUCGCAACAGAUUCAACCUCAACAAAUCCAGCAUCAAGUUGUGAUGCAAGCCUAUAUAAAUCAACCUAAUACACCAAACAGGCAGGCUCCGCCGCGCCUUCUCAAUCAAGCUCUAAAUAGUCCAGCCGGCUUGCUAGUACGUACUCCGGUACGGACUAUCAGACCCCGGAGACAAGCUCUGCGCUCACCUAUGGCCACGCCCCCUCUGCAAGUAAAUGCCCGCCUCUUAAAUCCACAACACCAACAGCAGGCCGUGGGCGGUAACGUAGUACGUACGCCAGUGGCGCGCGUGCCCCGCCCCCCGCGCGCGAACUCCCCGCGCGUCAUCAACUCGCACGCCGCGCAGCAGCCGCGGCAGGCCCGACCGAGGACGCCUUUGCUGCAGACGCCAACUCUUCAAGCUAACCAACAACUUCAACAACAACAGCAACAAUUACAGCAACAGCAGCAGCAGCAGCAACAACAGCAGCAAUUACCACACUUGUUAAACCAGCCUGUACACUCACCUCAAAUUCACCAGUUAAAACUAGCCACGCAACAACAGCCAAUCCUAAUAAAUCAAAGCCAAUCGAUUUCUCAACAAUCUACACGAAUAAUCACGCCUCAGGGUACCAUCGUUACACAGAACAUACAACAGGCAAUGCCUCCUUUAAUGCAGAACAACCAGAGUAACGGACCCCAGCAACAGCAAAUGGCAACAACACCGCAGAGAGCCUCGCCCCACCCUCAACAAAUACAACAAGUGAAGAAAGUUGUUGUGCAACCCAACAACGCAAGUGAUAUGGAUCUCGAAGAAAGUAUUACCGCGGCCAUUGUACAGAAAUCCAAUCCUAUAAACGAGAAUGUAGCUAAUCCCCAGCAGUUUCAAUCGCCGCCGCCUCAGCAAAUAAGACAACCCCAUCCGCCCGGCCUAACCACGAUAUCCCAUAACGCACAGCAGCACCAUCAGAUGAACUUCGGUCAGCACAGUUUUCAACAGCAGAUUCCGUACGAGCAAAUAGUUCAACAGCAGCAGCAGCAGCCGCAAACGAUCAGCCAGCUUUUAAUGGAACCGGAAGGUCCGGAUGAGGAGCACCAGAUUGUAACACUAUCCAACGGUCAGAGGCUAUCGCUGGCGGAGUAUAGACGGAUACACCAGUCGCGAGUACUCGCUCAAAAGCCGCAGCAACAAAUGCAACAUCAACAAAUGCAACAGCAGCAAAGGGAUGGCGGAAGACAGACUUUAGUGAGAAGUAAAGAACAGCAGCGACCAGUUCAAAAAGUUUCACCAUUACAAAACGCGCAUGUACCACACACAGAAAAUAGUGAAAUGGGAGGACCAUCAGCUGAGCCAACCCCUGAACCACAAUCUGCAAAAAUGUUAAUUUUCUUACAAAACGGAGAACAGAGACUAAUUACGUUUACAUUACCCAAAGAAAGUUGUACCCUUCAAGAAGUAUUAGAACAGGUUAAUGUUCCUUUUGACAAAGACACAAAUAUUCAAUGUAUGCAGAAUACAAAUAGCGAAAUUGAUUACUUCGUGUCAGUAGGCUCCACUACAAGAAUAGAAGAAAUGUUAGAAAAUCAUCCGAUGUUAGUGGGUGAAAUCAAUAGUAGUAGUUCUCCAAAUGUAAUGUCACAGUCUCAAAGUAGUGAUAUGUCUGCAACCCCCGAAAAAAGACCAUGUCCAGAAAAUGCUAACCACAGCCCCGAGUCACCCCGAUCUCCCCCGCCGCGCUACGUGGAGGGUAUGCUGGCUCUGUGCAAGACAUGUGGCUACACGGGGCUGGACUUCAACCGCUGCCAAAGAUGUAAACGAAUUUUCUCUGAGGAACCUAAAAGUGUACCAAUAGCAAGUAAAAAAGUGGAACAGAAGAAAAAAGAACCAGAAAAAAGUAUUAACUCCUGUGGAGACACAAUUAAAUUAAAUUUACUUAAACCUACAUUAAAAGCGCUCAAUAGUAAAAAUGCUGCACAAGACAAGAAGCCGGCUAGGACGAGAAAACCUCGAGGGAAGCAGCCCGAUCCUGAGCCUGUUAUACUGACACUGAGUUCUGAUGAAGAGGACUCCAACAGUUCUAUGAUUAGCAAUCAGCAUGAAUCUGUGAACAUGAAGGAACCCUCACCCAGUGAAAUUGAAGGAGGGACUCCAGACAGUGGAAUUGGAAUUGAUCACUUAGAUGAUGAUACUCGAGAGGAUUUCGUACAAAGUGUACAAGGCGUCAUUACAACUUUUAACUGUAGGACCAUACGUAUUGGAUCCUACAGGUAUUCGCCUAAAGAAAAGGUAUGCAUAUCAUCGAAGGGAAUUAAAAUUGUGGCACCCACAUUAAAAAAUGAAUCACGGGAGGUGGCCCUUCAGAUACCAUUGAAAGAAAUUGUAAAGGUAUUAGUGCACUUCCAGAAGAGUUUACCUGUGAUUUUCUUGUACACAAUGAGUAAAUGUGGCGCCUAUAUAAGAAAGUCUUUAGAAAUGACGGAUGAAAGUGGCCCAUACUAUGAUCCAAUGUCUAAGGUUGAUCCUUUUAAAAGAAUUACUCUAUUACCUGAAUAUAUAUCAGAGGAAGUCAGAGCUACCCUUAAAGCAUUGUUCGGGACUAAAGUAAUGGAUGAACUAAACACAAGAGAAGCGAAUGAAAUCCUUGUCCGUACAUGUCCAAAGGAGAGUAAUAAUGUCGCGAGACUUACAACAAGAUCAAUGAGUGCUUCUUCAGUUUCUGGUGCUAAAAGUUCAAAUCCCGCAGAAAUUAGACAAAUUUUAAUAUAUCCACCUGGUAAAGGGGGUAUUCCAAUAAAUACAGAAGACUACAUGUGCCUAGCUCAAGAUCAAUUUUUAAAUGAUGUUAUAAUAGAUUUUUAUUUAAAAUACUUAGUUCACGAUAUUUUAACCCAUACUCAGAGAGAAAAGACUCAUAUAUUUAGUACAUUCUUUUAUAAAAGGCUAACAACAAAACCUAGCAAAGUCAAUAGAAGUUCAAAUCCCCAUGAAUGGGACAGCAGUUUGACACCAGCACAAAAACGGCACGCUAGAGUGAAAACCUGGACAAAGAAUGUAAACAUCUUUGACAAAGAUUUUAUUGUGGUUCCUAUCAAUGAAAAUUGCCACUGGUUCGUAGCGAUCAUCUGCUAUCCCAGUCUAGAUGGCUGUAAAAGCAUGAUCGACAACAGAACUGUAACACCACAGGCAGUAAAAAGGAGAGAACGGAGAAAUUCAAUGCAAAUUGGCAGCACAACAAUAACACCAUUAACAAAACAGGAGCAACUGACAUUAAACUGUGACUCAGACAAUCUCAGUGAAAGAGAUGAAGCUGAGGCAGAGGAAAGUGACUUAGAUAUGCAAUGUGACUCAGAUGAGGAUGAAACAGAGAAAACUCCAGAGAAAAAGCCAGAAGUGCCUCCGAAGAAAAGUACAGAACCCAUAAAACAGCCUUGCAUCCUUAUAUUUGACUCGUUAGCCGGUGCAUCCAGAUCUAGAGUGGUGGCAACAUUGAGAGAUUACCUCACAUGCGAAUAUCAAGCUAAGAUCUGUAAAAGUAAGAUUUUCAAUAAGGACAAUAUCAAAGGGAGCUGCCCGAAAAUACCGCAACAAAAUAACUUUACUGAUUGUGGAUUGUAUUUGUUACAAUAUGUUGAGCACUUUUUUAAGGAUCCUAUUUUGGAUUACAAUCUUCCAAUAAAACAGUUGGCAAAUUGGUUUGAAGAAAUUGUGGUUACAAGAAAACGUGAAGAGAUAUCAAAUCUGCUUAAAUUAUUAAUGAACAAAUACAAUGCUGACUCGCAUUUAGCUUUGCCUGACAUUACAUUCCCCACCUUAAAUGGAAAGUUGAUAGAUCCAGAAGAGCAGGAGGACAACUCAGAUGGUGACAAAGGAGGUUCCAGUAAAAAAGACGGAAAAGAAUCGGAAGCUCCUACUGUCACCUACAUAAAACAAAUGGCCAGUGGGGACAUACUAGUGAAAAGAAAUUUUGUUGACUCCUCCGACACAAUACAUUUAAGAAAAACGAUAAGACUUUCUAGUGAUUCAGAAAAUAGAUCUUUGGUUAACAUAAGGCAAGAAUAUAUUAAAAAGGGUGAUAACGAAAAUCAAAUACUUAUACCUAUUAAAUUGCACACUAGUGAUUUCGUUAAAGACAUUCAAAAUACAUUACUAGUUAGUAAGAAUAAGACUGUAAGUGACAAAAAACAUGGUGUACAUAAUCAAAAUGUAUCCAGUGUGAACUGCAUUCGGCAGAAUGUUGGUGAUAGUGACAGUAAUAGUUCAUUUCUAAAGGGAAGAAGAAUAAAGAUGGAAGAUGUGACAGAAUCGAGUAAAAAGUUUAAAAGAAAUGAAUGUUAAGACUUUCCUGCCUGUUUUACCUGUUAUAUUAAAUUAUUUUUAAUUUAAUAAAUUGUAUAGUUCAAGGACUUGUAAAUAUUAGUAACUACAUGUAUUUAAUACUGUAUCUAUUUUAUAAUGAUAAUGUAAAAAUAUUAGUUUGUAAUUGUGUAUUAUAUAGCUUCCAUGGAAUAUAAAGCAUUAAGUUACUAGCUAUUUGACUUUUUGUUAUAAUAUUGAACCCAUAGAA